CUGUUUCCAGCCUCACCUUUUGAUCUGAAGUUGGUGUUAAACUCCUGCCGCCAUGCCUGCUGAUUACAAUGGAACAUGGGAAAUGGAAACCAAUGAAAACUUUGAAGGCUACAUGGUUGCUUUAGGUAUUGAUUUUGCAACUCGUAAGAUUGCAAAACACUUAAAACAAACAAAGGAAAUUACUCAAAAUGGAGAUAACUUUAAAACAAAAACACUCAGCACUUUCAGAAACUAUGAUCUGGAUUUCACUGUAGGAGUGGAGUUUGAAGAACAUACCAAAGGACUGGAUAACCGAGUAGUAAAGACACUAGUGACCUGGGAUGGUGACAAACUGGUAUGUGUUCAGAAAGGUGAAAAGAACAACAGGGGCUGGAAACACUGGAUUGAAGGAGACCUGCUGCAUCUGGAACUGACAUGUGAAGACCAGCUGUGCCAUCAGAUAUUUAGAAAGAAAAAGUAAGACUGACCAGAAAGCCACCCAGAUCUUC